AUGCUGGACAAUUCCUCUAAAGAGUUCAUGUUUGUGCUUCAUGGACUGAAUGACUCAAGGACAAACAAACACAUUUACUUUGCGUUUGGUCUUGUUGUUUAUAUUGUGACUCUGUUUGUGAAUCUGACUCUAAUUAUCACAAUCAUUCUGGAAAAAACACUUCAUGAACCCAUGUAUCUGUUUAUAUGCAAUUUGUAUGUGAAUGGAAUAUGUGGUGCUUCUGCUUUCUAUCCAAAGAUUCUUGCUGAUCUUUUUUCAGACUCUCAUGUUAUUUCAUAUACAGGGUGCCUGUUACAAAUGUACAUCAUUUACUGUUAUCUUUUCUGUGAAUUCACAUGUUUAACAGCCAUGGCAUAUGACCGAUAUGUAGCCAUUUGUAAGCCUUUAGAAUAUCACAACAUUAUGACAUACAAGACAGUGGUAAAUUUGCUGGUUUUUAUCUGGCUAUUUUCCUUACUACAGGUAUCUGUUGCAACUGUACUGACAGUGCAAACACCUUUAUGUGGUAAUGACAUUGACAAGCUUUACUGCUUUAACUGGGAUGUUGUUAAGCUUUCCUGCACAGAUGUCACUGUGCACAAUAUAUAUGGGUACAUUGUAAUGUUUUUUCAGGUUUUUCAAGCUGUGUUCAUAAUUAUUUCAUACAUUUGCAUCAUCAGGGCUGCGUUGAAGUCCAAGACAGAGCGAGUUAAAUUCAUGCAGACUUGUCUGCCACAUUUAAUCACCCUCAUGAACUUCACCAUUUCUGUGUUAUUUGAUGUUUUGUGUGCUCGCUAUGGCAAAGGUCAGGAACUGCAAGCUCUGCGCAACAUCUUGGGAACAGAGUUUCUUGUUGUGCCUCCUCUCCUAAACCCCAUCAUAUACGGGUUAAAAAUGAAUCAGAUACGUUUCCGGUUUAUGCAACUGUACAGUUACAGACUCAAAGCAGUGGAACAGAGCUUAAAUUGAUUCUAGACAGAUUGUUUUUCUUAAUGCAGGUCCUGUAGAGGAACCUUGAUAUCAAUUUCUUCAGACAAGAACAGAUCUGAUAUGAAUGGCAUGACACAGCUGCAUUUCAGAUAUGAAUACAGCAGUGGAGGUGUCCACUACUAAAGAGCAGUUUUCUCUGGGAGUUUCCAGACCUUAGAAUUAAACAUUUACGUCUGGCAUAUGUGAUAUAACCUGGAUGGAAGAAUAAGCAUCAACAUUAGGGGUAUAACAAUGUGAACAUUGUGAAAACAUUGUGAUGACAAUGCAUUGUGGGGAACGGACAUUCUAUUAAUUGCAAUUGAAUGCAACCUCAUUGUUUGAAAAUCAAAGCUUACAAAUGAUCAGCACCAACAACUCACUCCGGCAGUCCUCCUGCCCACCAGCUUUACUGUCAUUAGCAAGUUGUGCAACAACAUUAUUAUA